AUGUCUGUUGGAAGUUACCAGCCAGCUGCUACUACUGAUUGCAUCAAUAUCACAUGUAUUUCUCUCCUCCUCUCAUUUCCCACUCCUUCUCUUGCUUUUUCUCCUCUUUUUCCUUUUUCUUCUCCGUUUUUUCAUUUUUUUACUCCUCCUCCUGCAUUUUCCCAUUUGCUUUCUUGCUCUCUUCUGCAUUUUCUCAUUCUUUUUCCCUCUCUCUCUCUCUCUCCUGCAUUUUCUCAUUCUUUUUCCCUCUCUCUCUCCUGCAUUUUCUCAUUCUUUUUCCCUCUCUCUCUCUCUCUCCUGCAUUUUCUCAUUCUUUUUCCCUCUCUCUCUCCUGCAUUUUCUCAUUCUUUUUUCCCUCUCUCUCUCCUGCAUUUUCUCAUUCUUUUUCCCUCUCUCUCUCUCCUGCAUUUUCUCAUUCUUUUUCCCUCUCUCUCUCUCUCUCCUGCAUUUUCUCAUUCUUUUUCCCUCUCUCUCUCUCUCCUGCAUUUUCUCAUUCUUUUUCCCUCUCUCUCUCUCUCCUGCAUUUUCUCAUUCUUUUCCCCUCUCUCUCCUGCAUUUUCUCAUUCUUUUUCCCCUCUCUCUCUCCUGCAUUUUCUCAUUUUUUUUCCCUCUCUCUCUCUCUCUCCUGCAUUUUCUCAUUCUUUUUCCCUCUCUCUCUCUCUCUCUCCUGCAUUUUCUCAUUUUUUCUCUCCCUUUCUUGGAUUUUCCCCAUUCCUUUCUUUCACUGUCCUGCAUUUCCCCAUUUCUUUCCUUCACUGUCCUGCAUUUCCCCAUUCCUUUCCCUCCCUCUCCUGCAUUUUCCCCCCAUUCCUUUCCCUCCCUCUCCUGCAUUUCCCCAUUCCUUCCCCCUCCCUCUCCUGCAUUUUUCCCCAUUCCUUUCCCUCCCUCUCCUGCAUUUUCCCCAUUCCUUUCCCUCCCUCUCCUGCAUUUUCCCCCAUUCCUUUCCCUCCCUCUCCUGCAUUUUCCCCCAUUCCUUUCCCUCCCUCUCCUGCAUUUUCCCCAUUCCUUCCCCUCCCUCUCCUGCAUUUUCCCCCAUUCCUUUCCCUCCCUCUCCUGCAUUUUCCCCCAUUCCUUUCCCUCCCUCUCCUGCAUUUUUUCAUUCUGUUUCACUCAUUUUCCAUCCUCUUUUUGCCUUUUUCAUGUUCAUUCGUCACACACACAUUUUUCUUUUGUAUGUGGCUGUACAAGUAUAUAUAUGUACAUGUAUAUUUUUGCACUGAUACCUCUCACAGAUAUGUUGGUUGA